AUGGAGAGCCCUGGGGAGCAGCAGAAGAGUGAGGGGCUGAUUGAGCUCUAUGACUCCUUCAGGGACAUGUUUAACUUUUUUUGCACCAACACAACCAUCCAUGGCACAGUGCGGCUCGUCUGCUCCAGCCACAACCGCCUGAAGACAGCUUUCUGGAGCAUGCUCUUCUUGGCCUCCUUUGGCAUGCUUUACUGGCAGUUUGGGCUUCUCUUCAACCAGUACUGGAAAUACUCGGUCAUCAUGACCAUCUCUCUCCACUCAGAGCCCAAAAUGUUCCCAUCCGUUACGUUGUGCGACAUGAACCCUCAUAGGUCUCUGCUCGUGAAGCGAUACCUGGAAGACCUGGAUGAAUUUGCCCAGGAGAAUAUCUAUUCCUUAUACAAGUUAAACAUCACCGAAAGACAGGCUGGGGGGCAAGGCUACCCUGCUACUGGACCCAGUUCUAACAGGUCCUUUCACCUCGACCGAAGUAUCUACCUAGAGAAGCUGGACAGGGAGGCCAUUAACAGAGUGGGGUUCAGGCUGUGUAACAGCACAGGCGGUGACUGCUUUCACCGUGCCCACUCCUCUGGGGUUGCGGCCAUCCGGGACUGGUACCGGUUCCACUUCAUCAACAUCAUGUCCCUGCUGCCACCGUACAACGAGACAGCCCACGAAUCCCGUGGCAGCGACUUCAUCUCCAGCUGCUGCGACAGUGGUGGGGCCUGUCAGAAGAAGGACUAUCAGUUCUUCCAUCACCCCAUCUAUGGGAGCUGUUAUACAUUCAACAAUCGAGGAAUGAAUGGCUUCUGGAAAGCCGAUCGGUCAGGGCUCACUCAUGGAAUCAGCCUCAUUCUCAAGGCCGAGCAGAAUGAUCACCUCCCAUUGCUGUCCACUGAGGCUGGGGUCAAGGUCAUAAUCCAUGCCCGGAACCAGACACCUUUCUUGGAGUACCAGGGCUUCAGCAUCCGUCCAGGCACUGAGACCACAAUCGGUGUGAGGGAGGAUGAGGUGCACCGGCUAGGGGGGCAGUAUGACCGCUGCACAAAGGAUGGUGGGGACGUGGAUGUCCAGCUUCUUUAUGACAGCGCCUAUUCCACGCAGGCUUGCUUGCACUCCUGCUUCCAGGAGCUAAUGAUCAAGACCUGUGGCUGUGGUUAUUACUUCUACCCACUCCCGGAGGGAGCCCAGUUUUGCAACUACAACCAGUAUCCAGCUUGGGGUCACUGCUUCUACAAACUGUACCAAAACCUGGAGGCCCACAGGCUCCCCUGCUUCAGCCGCUGCCCCAAGCCCUGCUGGGAAUCCUUGUACCAUCUCUCAGCAGGGGUCGCCAAGUGGCCAUCAUCUAAGGCAGAGGACUGGAUCCUGUCCACGCUGGACAAGAAGAACAAUUCCAGGGAAAAAAGGAACAGCGUCACCAAGGUCCACAUAUUCUACCAGCAGCUCAAUUAUCGCUCCGUGGAUGAAACUCCGGUGUAUUCGGUCACCCAGCUCCUGUCAAGCAUGGGCAGUCUGUGGAGCCUGUGGUUUGGGUCCUCAGUGCUCUCUGUCGUGGAAAUGCUGGAGCUCCUGCUUGAUGCAGUGGCCCUGGCCCUCGUCCUGGGCUACCGCCGCCUCCUUGGGUUUGGGAUGAUGAGUGUGGAGGCCUCGGAGGGGCCUGGAGAGGGAGUGAGGGUGCUGGCCAUCCAGCAGGACCUAUCUCAGCCCCUGUGGGAGGCGGAGGUCCCCUCAGGAAGCUCCAUUUCAGGAGGCGUCCCCCUUCAGGCACCUUCUGUCAGCAUCACGGUCCAUGGGCGAUUCCGAGGGCCCUGGCUGCAGUCCGGGCUGAAGAUCUAG